CAUCUCAAAAAAAAAAAAAAAAAAAAGAGAUCUGUGAAAAUUUGGCUUUUAUGUGAACUUACUAGAAGUCCAGGAACAAGUCAACUCUCUUCCCGUGCCUCAGUUUCCUCGUCGGUACCCAACAGAGGUGUCGGACAGAGCGACCGCCUCGGGUAAUUUCAACGCCUGAUUCUGACCCUGCUGAGUUCCACGAGGGAGGCGAGGGAGGCGAGGGAGGCGAGCGAGGCGAGGGAGGCUGCUGGCUGCUCCCAUGUGGGAGGUGGGAACGGAGCCCCUCCCCAGCCCAGUCCACAGGACAGAGGCGGCGGCCACAAGAACUGUAUCCUCCGUGUCUCCACCCUUCUCACUGCUGUAGCUUCCGGGCAAAGGAACCACAGAGCCAAACGCUGCAGAGGUCAAGGGAGACGGAAGGAUGUCGCCUCCAGGGCUGGGGCCACGGGCAGUGGCAGGGCAGGUUCGUCGUCGAUGGCAAGUCUGUGGCUGACCACGCACCCUCACAGGGGUGGCCCCGAGCAGAGGUCGGACAUGAGAACCCAGGAGAAUUCGGGCCCCGGCUCCGGGACGGCUGUGCACCCCCACCCUGGCCGUGGCUGGCACCUCCGAAGGCACAGCUGUCCUUCACUCGUACAGAGCAACCUUGGGACAGAUGGUGGGAGAGGAACGGCAACUCGAGGAGGCACAUUUUAGGAAACUGCCCACGGAGCCAGCUUCGAUUCUCCAAACCUCUUCAGCCUGCACUGGCUGCCAGUCCCUGACUCGGCACGGAGGGCCUCACCAGCCAAUCCCCAUGCCCGGCGCCCGGCACCCCCUUCACCAGGGGGUAAACUGUGCUCACCACCACCCAGCGCUCACCUCCCGGGCUCGGAUGGAUGGCAGGGAGUCUGACCCUUCUCUCUUAAGAGCAGUGCCUUGUGCGUUAAACAGGGACCGCGCCCUUGUACUGAUACACGGCCAUUUAUUCCCCACGGGGUCGUCAGCCUCACGGCAACUCCACCUGACAGCUGGGCUUGCUCCUGGCUGCAGGCUGUAUGGGACUAGGAGGACCCAAGGGGAACAGGGAGGGGAACACGAGUUGCCUGGUGAUAAUUUCCUGAGAAAAUUCCUAGGGGACAGAGGUUCAUCAGCUCCAGGCAACUUCCUGAGACAGAUCUGUAAACACAACCCCUUCCUCCAGGGGGAUGCAAUUCUCUCUCUAAAGUUGAGAGCUCACCACCCCGGGCGUCAGUCACUGUGGACAUCACCGCAGACACCACCCCAGGCGUCAGUCACCACAGACACCACCGCAGAUACCACCGCAGACACCACCGCACACAUCACCGCAGACACCACCCAUCACUGCAGACACCACCCAUCACUGCAGACACCACCGCAGACACCACCCCAGGCUUUAGUCACCGCAGACACCACCGCAGACACCACCGCAGACACCACCGCAGACACCACUGCAGACACCACCGCAGACACAGAGACAGCCAUGAGAGUUCACCACCCCGGGCAUCAAAAUUCUGCUGGCGGCAGCCGCGUCUUGUCCAAAGUGCACCCAGACUUGUCCGCCACAGAAAUUCUGCUGGCGGCAGCCGCGUCUUGGGAGCCUAAUCUGUGGCUCUCCGAUUAG